ACCCUGCCCUGCGUCUUCCUGCUUAAUUGCGGCCCAGCCGUUUCCUGCGCACGCGCCGCCAUGGCGCAGGGGCAAUGCAAGUUCCAGGCGAAGAAGCCGGGGAAAAGCAAGGCGGCGGCGGCGGCUUCGGAACGGAAUCGGGGCCCGAGGAAGGGCGGCCGUGUUAUCGCCCCUAAGAAGGCGCGCGUGGUGCAGCAGCGAAAGCUCAAGAAGGACCUGGAGGUUGGGAUCCGGAAGAAGAUCGAACAUGACGUGGUGAUGAAAGCCAGCAGCAGUCUGCCCAAGAAACUGGCACUGCUGCAGGCUGCAGGGAAGAAGAAGGAGAUGGCCUCUGCUAAGACGUCUUCCUGAAGACGCCACCCAGUGAAGGCCAGCACCGCAGCCCCUGCAGCCAGGGCUCAGAUCUAUGCACGUGGCACCCUGGGCUGUACUGUGGGGAGGAGGAACCCUGCUCCGGGACUGGGUGGCACCUAGACUUAGGUGGGGGCCCAGCCCAUAAGCAGGUGGCCAGCAGGUCCCAAGUACAGAAGGUCAGCUUCCUAGGGGGGCCAAGAACCCAGAUUCUUGUAUCCCCAGGUCUGUCUUCGCUGGUUUAACCCGGAGCAAUAAAUAUUGGCUUUGUUGUCUA